UUGUUUGUCGGGAUACAGUCUAUCGCCUUCUCCCUUUAUUCAACGACUGUGGGAGCGCAGACUGAUUCAGCAUGGACCGGAAGACGCGAGAAUAGAGAGGAUAUGUGCUUCAGCCCGUCUCGUAUACCCGAACUUGGAUCGCGCAAGCCGGAUCAUCUGGAAAGAAAAAGAAAACAAAUCUUAUGCAGCGGUUGUACUAAUGUUGUCUUCUCAGGAUGGUUACAGGGGCUCCGGCUGGUGUCUGGCAUGACGCGGAAUCGUCGAGAUUCAUACGGUUGGGCUUCGACGAUCCCCAAGACUUUUCAAUUUGUUCUAUGAUUUCUUUCUUUUCCUAUCUUUUCUUUGCUCCUUAUAUCCCCGCCCAGGUUCCUUUUUUGAUCAAUUACCCUUCGCUAUACCUUUGAUUGGAUUGUUUUCUACGCAUUGAUCCUAAAUGUACUUUUGGUGAGGCAGGAGGAAUGUUUUGUUUCGGCCACGACGUUAAUUGAGUGCAUCUGGAUUUUAUUGCUUUUGUCUUCUAUUUUCUAAUAACAGCUUACAUUGGAGAGUUAGUGAUUUGAAGCGAACUUUGCCUGACUUGUGAUUGGAUAUGCUGCAUUGCAGUUGGAUCUCCAACCACUUUUUAUUGUUUGAUUAUCUCCCCCAAAGCGAUGUAGAGCAGUGAUGAAUCCAAUGCGAAUUUCAG